AUGUCCGUGUACGCCAACACAACUGCGCGGAACUUUACUCCUGAGCAAAAUAGGGAGUUUAAGAGAAGACACUUAGACAGACGGAGGGCCUACGCUAUAGCUGAUCUUCUGAGUGGUAUCCCUCAAGAUGUCGACCAGGAGGAAUGGGAGGAAUGGCACGCACAAGCUAUCCAGGAGAAUGUCAGAGAUAUUGGCAAAGGAGAUGCAUUCAUAUGUCCCGCUGGCCAGAUUGAAGAAUGUAGAGGCCAAGAGGUUUUGGUGCGCGGCGAGUCACAUCUAAAAUGGGCACAGAUUCACAACCCUACAAAUUCUCUUGUGUUUGAUGCGCAAGUCAUCGAAGACUCGGGAACUGGGGUCAACUUCAUUCAUCCAGCACUGGCACAAGCCUGUGGUCUCCGGAUAUACCCCACUGCGCCAACUGUCCACAAAGUCAUAACCGGCCAGCAGUUCCGGUCCGACAAAUGGGCUCAGGUCGAGUGGAUGGGCAAGCCGGGGAGACUUGGCACCGAUUGGUUCUAUCUAGCCCCGGAGGAGGCACCCAUACAGCUUCUCGUGGGAAGACGUUUCCUCAAGGAGAACAAGGGGGUGUUCCUGAAUGAGAAGCCCGAGGUGGAUCCUGUACUGCUCAACGUGCAAACCAAGAAGACGGUGAGAUCCUAG